AUGGGGAUAAAAUUCAAGGUCAAGCUAUACAAGGACAGGGCGGGAAGCAGCGGAGACGCCGCCGCCGCCGGCGGACCCACGCCGUCGCCCUCCCCCGACUCCGCGGCGCUUCCCACCUCGCCGCACCCGCGUCAGCCGCCGCCGACCGCCAUCUUCAGUUACACGUAUGAAGGACAGGAUGAUGAUGACGAUGAUUGGCCCGAAGACGAUGGGACGGAUUUGGAUGCGGUGCAGGAGGAUGAGGAUGAAUUACCAGAUGAUCAGAAAUUCUACAUUCCAUUGUUCAUGAGUGGUCAAAAGAAGAAUCUCCCGCAUGGUAUUGUUCGGCAUGACUCGGUGCUGCUCAACAAAAAUGAAUACUUUUCUCUGUGGAAAAACUGGAAUCAGCUGCUGGACGGCAAGAGAACAUACCUCCGGCCACCGAGGGGCCGCCGUGUUCUCAGUGUCAGUGGUGUUUUCCGGCGGCCCUUAGCUCGUCCAUGGGCAUUAGAAUUCCAGGAACCACUCUUGGAUUUGGUUGAGGAUUAUCCAGAUAAUGACACUGUCCAGGAAAUGAUCAAGAUUCUUUGUCAGCGCUAUGUGCAUUUCAAACGAACUCGUGGAGAUGGCAGCUGUUUCUACAGAGCUUUCUUUUUCUCCUACUUGGAAAAUCUUGGACAAAUACAAGAUAGUCAAGCUGAAGUUACUCGUCUAAUGGAACAUGUGGCAGUGUCCAGAGAGAAUUUCUGUCGUCUGAAAUGGGACAAAGCAUACUUCUUAAAUCCUGAAGAAUACUUUUCAAGUGUUGCUUCUGAGUUGAAUCAUUUGGUCAAUUCUGUUGCAAAUGGUCUUAGUUCUGACGAGUUGCAGAAGAGAAGUCUACAGGAGAUGAUGCCACUCAGGGUUAUUUCCUUCCUAAGAUUGCUGGCAGAGACUGAGAUCCGUACGCGAAUAGAUGAUUACAACCCAUUUAUCCCCGGAAAGAUGAAUGUCAAUCAGUAUUGCUGGAAAGAGGUGCGUCCCCUGGACGUUAAAGCAUCGGCGCUAGCAAUGAGGGCUCUAACGUAUGCACUUGGCAUCCCGCUGCGACUCGAAACUCUAGGCGAAGGCUUGACGGCUGGAGGUUUGCAAGUAAAGCGCCUUGAUUUCUUCCCUCGAUCAGAAUCAGGGAAGGGUGCUUUCCAUAUAGUUCGAAGCUAUUGGUCGUCAACCACAACCCCUGAACCACUGGAGAUUGGAAGUGGCAACCUGAUAUCAUCUGAUGGCACACCUUUGCUGACCUUGCUGUGUAGGCCUGACAACUGCGAUAUUUUGUAUCGCAAGUAAACAAACGGUGCAAGUAUUACUUGACGUACAAAAUUCUUGGAUGACGAUACAAAAACCUAAGGGAUUUUUUGUGGCAUCUCAUCUUAAUCUACUUGUAAAGUUGAGAUUACUCAAUUGAGCAAAAAGCCACAAGCUGUUCUAUUCGCUUGGGCAUGUUUAGUGUAGUAGUUUUAACUAGGCAUCAAUUAUAUAUUUAGGAAUACUUGCAUUGGGAAAUGGGAAUAUAUAUUGCAUUCUUACUGAUGUGUUGCUCCUUGGCUUCUGUAUUCGGAGGAUGA